CUAAAUUUACUUUCUGAAUAUUUGACACUGACAAAUAAUAAGUCGUCUGCUAUUUACCUAAGGAUAUUUAAAAUAUUAUCAGUAGGAAUAAAUAUGUGUAACGUGUAGGGUAGUAAAUAAAGCAUGGCGCGCAAAGGACAGGUAGCUAUCCAGGACUCCGUCGAAACGGACGAGGAGUUUGAGCACUAUCUCAAUGCGAAUUUCCAGAAGUUGAUUUGUAUGGAAGUGUAUUCGGAUUUUUGCGGCCCCUGUCUAGCUACAGCGUUCGCCGUCCGUAAGGGCAAGAUGGAGAUAGGGCAGGACCGGAUCGCUAUGGUCAAGGCCAUGUCGGACCAUAUUGACGCUCUAUCCCGGUUCAGACAAAAGAGCGAACCAGUUUUUCUCUUUAUAUCGAAAGGCAAGCUAACUCGCGCUCUGUUCGGCGCGAAUGGGAUCGAGCUAUGUCGCUUAAUAGAGGAAGAAUUGUCAUUAACGCAGAAGGAGAUAGACACAGGCCACGAUCGGCCUAAGCAGGAGAUCACAGAACAUUUACCUGAGGAAACAGCGCGGCUCGACGAAGAGUUGAAGCUGGAGGCUCAGAAUAAGGCAGAGGAAGAGCGCAUCCGUAUCGCCACGCUGGCGGCCCGCAAGAAGCGCGUCUCGGAACGGCUCGCGGGCUUCGUGGCCAGUCUCAACUUUAUAUUGUUCUUCCCGCACUGCCACCAGGCUUACUACGACCUGUAUGAGAACUGGGACAAGCUCAAUAUCCAAGUAGCAGCCAAGGAGGAGAUCCAGAUAACCGAGGAUAUGAUCCCCGAAGUGCUCUACAUGAGCGACGUUCAACCCAACGAGGCGUGUGUCCACGCGCUGUGCCACGGACCAGCUCUGGUCGUGCUGUUCAAGUUCUUUGACAACGACUUUAGGAACUUCGUGAACGUGCUCCGCCACUUCCUCUACGAGAUGAUCCCUGAGCCGAAAGAAGAUGUGCCCCCAGAGAAGCAGAUCCCGCCCAUCCCGGCAUACGAGCGGUACGCCACCAUCAGCAAGACGCCGAGAGAAGUGCGACGAGAUCGGUACAAUGCCAUGCUGCAGAAACUGAAAGAAGAAGAAGAGGAACGACUACGUCUGGAGGCGGAGCAGGCUCGUCUGGCGCGAGAGGCUGAGGAGGAACGCCUAGCGGCCGAGAAACAACGCCAGGAGGAGGAGAAGAUGGCGCGCAUUGCUGCUGGGCUUCCCGCUUCUCCGGAGCCUGAACCAGUGACGGAAGAGGAACAAUUGCCAGAGGGGGAAGGAGGGGAGAAAGCCGAAGGGGACGACUUGCCCGAAGGAGAAAAAGCAGAGCAGACUGAGGACCCGGAUGCUGUUGCGGCAGAAGAAGCCGCUCCCGAAGAGGUGGUAGAAGAAUUCCACUCCGACGUGGAGGUUGAGGGGGAGGACUACAUUCCUCCAGGCGGUCUGUUCGUGCCUGGCUUGUACUCUCCCCCUAAUAAUCUCGCCAAAGCCAACGGACUGAAGCUAUUCUUCCCUAAGGUGAUCGCGGCGAUGACGAAGAUCGAGACGGAGCACCUGCCGCCGCACACCCUGGUCCUGUUCCCGAUCGACAAGCGAGAGGGCGUCAAGGAGAUCGUCGACCAAUACAAGGAUGAGAUACUUAAUUUGGGGAUCUUCCACGGCGACGAAUUCAACAACCUGGAACACGUCGCGUACACCAUCAAGCAGUACGAUAAAUUGGAGCGCGGCUAUCCAUACAAAACCAAAGAUCGCGUAGCGGUGAUGGUGUCCCGUAAGCGGAGUUUACCGUUGCUGCAGCUGGCUGGGCUUAACCCGACCUACAUCAGCAUCGACCCUCCUACAGCCAUCCGAGACUGCCUUACCCUCUUCCCUGUGGGGUAUGGAGAUGACUAUGAGGAGGAGGAGAGCAUAAUUGAAGAGGAGAUUGUGGUUAGUUACUUAACUUGGUAGUCGGGUUCAACCCGACAUACAUCAGUAUCGACCCUACUACAGCUGUGCGGGACUGCCUUACCCUCUUCCCUGUGGGGUAUGGAGAUGACUAUGAGGAGGAGGAGAGCAUUGUUCAAGAGGAGAUUGUGGUUAGUUAUUUAACUUGGUAGUCGGGUUCAACCCGACAUACAUCAGUAUCGACCCUACUACAGCUGUGCGGGACUGCCUUAUGUACUCUCUUCCCUGUGGGCUAUGGAGAUGACUAUGAGGAGGAGGGUAGCAUAGUUGAAGAGAGUGGUUUAGUUACUUAUCUUGGUAGGCGGGUUUGACCAGAUCUACUACAUGAGAAUAAAUUCUCCUGCAGCCGUGCGCGAUUGUCUUACGCUCAUCCCUGUGGGCUAUGGAGAUGACUAUGAGGAGGAGAGCACAGUUGAAGAGGAAAUUGUGGUUAGCUACUUAACUUGGUAGUCAGGUUCAACCCGAGGUACUUAGCAUCGUCCCUCCUAAGCAAGAUUCAAUACCUAUGGGCUAAAAAAAUACCGAUUAUAAAUAGUUUUCACUGUAAUGUUUUGUUAUUUUCAGGAAGUACCUCCCGAGCCGGAACCAGUUGUUACUGAGGUAAACACUAACUAAAAACAAUUUCAACUAUAAGCACUCACUUUAGGCUUUAUUUAAUGGGCUUUCAAAGCAAAGUUUCUACCUUUGAACCUCGACUUGUGACUUUCCCUGUCUCCGAUUUCGCAAUUGCUUAUGGGAAGGACAUACAAGACUACGUGGAUAGUCCUUACUUAAAGAAAAAAAAAAUAUUUUCAGAAACACUAUGUACCUACUGCAGUCAGCCAAUUAGAAUCAUAAGCCACUGUAGAACUUUUUCAUAGUAGCCUUGCCGAUAUAGUGGGACCAGUGCAUACUACUAUGUAUAAACACACGUUUUUCGCAAAUGUAUGUACUUAGGUUUCCUUUCGGAGCUUUUUCUUUUUUUUAGAUGCCGAAACUAAUGAAGCGCUGGUGGCCUAGCGGUAAGAGCGUGCGACUUUCGAUCCGGAGGUCGCGGGUUCGAACCCCG